GGGCCUCUCCCACACCACUCAUACAUUUGAGACAAAAGUAAUACCCACCCCCCUUGUCCCUUGAUCAUUUCGGCCAAACACCCAUCCAGCAAGAGCAAGGAAACCCUCCACCUUCCCUCUCCAUUGUUGAAGAAAGCUCUAACAAGAAGGAAGCUCUAGGAAAAAGUUUAAGUUCCAAAAGUGUACAAAACUUGAGGAAAGGCUAGGAACUUGAUUUAGAGUACCUUUGAGCUUCGCCGGAGUUGGUCAAAGUUUGCCGGAGUUGGUCAAAGUUAGUCAAAGUUCAAUCGGGAAGCGUAGAACGCGCUUAAACUCGCUUAAGUUUCAGGUAGAACUUGAAGGUUGCUACCAUCACCGUUGCCGUCGGGAGAAUCCAAGAAGAGGAGGCGUGAAAUGGAGCCAAUUGGAAGAAUCACUAGGAGGAACCCGACGGGCUGUGUACCGGGUGGGUCCGAACGCGGCAGCCGGGGGUCAACUAGGGUGUCGAGGGGAAGGGGCCGUGGAGGCGAACAAAACACCGUGAGCGAUGGCCACGUGGACACCGAAAGCGAGACUUAUUGGUCCUAUGAGGACUCAACCUAUAGGCCGGAAACCGAGCCGGUGGAGACCCCAUAUGAUGGGGAGGAUGAUGAUGUGAGUGGAGAGAGUGAAGACGAUGGCACUCUUGGGAGAAUUGAGGCGCUGCUCCAACAAUAUCACAGGGAGCGCGAAGAGAGGAGACAACGCCGAAGGCGCCGAGCGGGGCAACCUUCGGGCAUGGCUUCGAGAGGAGGAAGCCAAGGUGCUUCUAGGGUCCAUGUUGAACCCCACGGAGGACAAAAUGUUGGAGGUCCAACCAUAAGGAUCUCCAAAUUUGUCAAAGAAGCAAGAGAUUUGGGAUGUAAACCGUUUGAUGGAACGGGAGACAUCUCCGUUGCGGCCGAAUGGAUCAAAAGAUUCAACGAAGCGGCCCUUGACAUGUAGCUGCCACCCAACAUGAAGCUGAGGGUGGCAACAAGAUUGAUUGAAGGCAUGGCGUCCACAUGGUGGGACGGAGCCAAAGGGAAGUACGGCGAGACAGUCACUUGGGAGAACUUUCGGCAGGAGUUCUUCAACCAAUACUACUCCGACUUCGAGGUAAACACGAAGAGGAGGGAGUAUACAAACUUGACACAAGGAGGGGUAUGUACGGUGAAGGAACUUGAACACAAGUUCAGAAAGCUUGCUGAGUUCAUACCGGAGUACAUUUGUGAUGAAAACCGGAUGGUGAACCAUUUCUGGGAUGCCUUGGACCUUGACAUACGCGAGAGGGCAACUCAAUUGCCUAACAUGACGUUUAGUCAAGUGGUUGAACAAGGCUUGAAGGGAGAAAAAGAGUGGGAGGAAAGAAAGCGAAGGAACGCCGAAGAGGCGAAGAAGAGGAAGUGGGAAAGCCAUGGUCCCCAAGGUUCUAACAAAAAGGGGAAUCACGGGGGAGGAGGAUCCUUCAGGGAACCCGCACCACCAUCAAGGGGGAAUCCCAACAUGUGACACCGCACCCGGAUGUACUUGAAUUUGAAACUUAAAAUGUACUUGAACUUCCUAGCGAAUAAAUUUCGUGUGAUUGAUUGAUACAUUUAAUUAAUGUGAGAUUAAUUAAAUUAUUCUUCGGGUCCAUUAUAUGAGAAUGGGCUACCAAAUAUUUAGUUGGGUCAUCAUAAUAAAUUAUAGAAGCCCA